CCAAAUAAGGUAGAUGUUCCCAUCAACAUGGCAACUGAAAACAUGGAGCUUUUCUGUGGUCCAUGCUCAAUAAGUCGUAAAAAGUCUAAAUCAACUAGAUGGUGCUUAGAGUGUGAAGAAGGACUUUGUGAUGAUUGUGUUGACCACCACAAACGGAUGAAAAUGUCACGUGGUCAUACAACAAUAGACGCCAAUCAGUAUGAAAAACUUCCAUCUUUCAUUCACACGAUCAACCCCGACUGUACCGAGCACAAACGGAAAUUAGAACUAUAUUGCCCAUCUCAUAAGGUCCAAUGUUGUAUGCAGUGUGUCCUUACUGACCAUCAUAAAUGUAUCGAUGUGACGCCGUUAGAAAGUGUGGCUGCUUCAGUCAAGUCGUCGUCUGCCUUUCAUGAACUUGAUAGAGAUAUCGAAGGUGUGCUAGGAGACUUAGAAAAGGUGGCAAGAAGUCGGUCUAAUAAUUUGAAUAGAAUCACAGAGGAAGAAGCACGAAUUAAAAGUGAAAUAUUGACAUUAAGAACACAGUUUAACGAACAUUUAGACAAACUGGAGGACAAAAUAUCAAACGAUUUACAAGUAAUUGAAUCUCUCGAGAACUCAAAGAUUGAUGCUGUUCUUCGAGAAGUAAACGAGAGGCGCGAUAAUUUGGUUUCACUACAAAAAGAUCUGAAGGGCAUAAAAUUGCAUGCCACUGAUAUACAAGCAUUCAAUGGCAUUAGACAUACAGAAUCCCAGCUGGAAUCAAGCAAAAGUUACUUGCAGUACUUGCAAACGAGUGAUACGACCGUAGAUGUGGAUAUUUCUUUUGAAACUUCCCCCAGUGUCAAACUCAUCAUGAGUAAAAUUACAUCGUUCGGUAAAAUAAAUGUAGUGACUGCGCAUAAAUCUGCUUUACAUCCAGUGGUUCGAUCUAGAUCUCUUACAACACCAAGAUCAUCAAGAGAAAUUACUUUAAAAAGCGGUAAAACAUCACUAACUCAAAUCCCUGAAGCAAUUCGACACGAAAUUGAUGUAAGGAAAAUCUCACUACUUUUUCAUAGGAAAAUAUCAAUUCCUGUUGGACAACUUGGUAUAAUUUCUAGUAUUAUUAGGUUAAUCGACAAAAAAAUAAUGGUGGCCGAGUCGUCCUACAAAAAUGGUCAUCUCUAUUUAUUCAACGCUUUAGGGAAAUAUCUAAAAGAAAUAAAAAUAACUGGCGAUCCAUGGGACGUAACUCAGUUAGAUGGAACAACCAUCGCUGUCACAUAUCCCGACCAAAAUGAAGUGAAACUUAUUAACUGUAUGAAUGGGGAUAUUAUAGACACGAUUCCAUUACAAAAGUCGGGAUGGGGACUUUGUAGUGAUGACUAUGCUAUUUUUGUUGGCAUGAAAGGCAACGAGCUACUGGAAUUAGAUUACUUUGGAAACAGGAUCAAGAGUACAACUAUCAAGUCGAGGCUAGAAAACUUCCACAUCGGUUCAGACAGCAUUUACUACACAGACCCUAAGAAACAUUUGUUGUAUUGCGUUUCUGUAACGGGUACGUUGAUGUGGACGUACCAAAAUGAGUACAUGAGAGGGCCUCAGACCGUAACAACGGACAAAUAUGGUAAUAUUUUCGUCGCGUGCAGUGAUAAUCAUUGCAUUGUAGUUAUUUCUCCUGAUAGAAAUAAAAUUCGGAUACUACUUGGGAAAAGUGUUGGACUAGAACGUCCUCAAGCUAUUUAUAUUGACAAAGAAAACUCCGUUCUACUGGUAAGCAAUCGGAACGGAAAAUUUGCCGCAAUGUAUAAAAUUGUGUAUCGAUAAUAUUAUUUAUGUGCAUUGGGAAUAAAUUUAAAGGAUCUUAUUUAUUUGAAAUCUCGCUAACAUUUAUUUUUGCAAUGCAAUAUCUGGAGAUGGUAAAAAAUCCCGGUACACAGAGAUCAUGUUUAAUUUGUAAAUGUUUUAACUCUAGCUUUUAUCAUUAAAUUCCAGCAAAAACAUAAAAUGAGAGAUUUCAUAUAUCCUUUAAGGUGGACUUGAUUCGAAUUCCCUAAUUUGAAUCAAUAUAUACAAAUAUAGAUAUGCAAGUACUUAGGUGACACAUCUAUAGAUUUUCACGCUUAAAUGUCUUACAAACAUAAUCCAUUGUAUUCAUUUUUCAAAGAAGUUCACUUUAUUUUGACCAAUGCCACAUAGAGGAUAAUUAUAUGUCAAUCUAAAUGUGACGGAAAACGAUUGAAUACAAGAUGAAAGUUGGGUACCAAGAGACUAUAUUUAUAUUAUAAAAGAGUAUCGUUUAAGUUAGUAAGUAAAAGGCCGUACGGUGAUCUAUAGUUGUUAAUUUCUGUGUCAUUUGGUCUCUUGUGGAGAGUUGUCUCAUUGGCAAUCAUACCACAUCUUCUUUUUUAUAUUUACAUUGUAUUUGAAAUUUUUUUGAAAAGAAGUCAUCAGGUAAAUGAGCAGUGCAAUACAUUGUAGGCUGUACUUUUCACAAUUAUUAUAAUAUCCAUUAUUGUUUCUUUCGGGACACAUCAACGGAAACUGCAGAGCUUGCAGAUUGAACAUGUUUAACACGUGUAUCGAAGUCGAUUUAGCUAUGAGCAUUUUGUUGAGUGAUAACGAAUAUGUCAAACUUAAUCUUAUUUUGAACACAAAUCUUGUUGUGUUUGUUUGUUGGUAUAUAAACGCAAAUUCAACCACUUUGGUUAUAUUAUGACGGAAAGUUUUUAUUGGAGGUGGUAGCCUGAAUACUCGAAGAGAACCACCGACCUUAGACAUGAAAAGGUAUUCCUUGUCAAUUAAGAUCGGAGUCGAACACAUUUCGCCGCGAACGGGAUUAGGGCCCUUAUGCAUAAACCCACUUAAGUUAAGAACUAAUUUAUCGUAGGACAUGUAGAAAAAUCCGUCCAUUCCAAAUCUUAACUCAAGUAGCUUUAUGCAAACGGGCCCUGAACUCGCAACCUUAGAGUUGAGUGUCUAGUGAUCACUUUAGAUGAACUAUUUAGACCACUCCGCCCCGACGGAUGGUCAUUAAUACCAGCAAUCUAGUUAAUUUGAUGGUGAUCUUUCAACUGUACUGUAAGUAGUGGUUAGUAAUAGUAGUUAUAUGGCCGACCGCUCGAUUGAUUGAUUUAAAUACACAAACCACUGUUAUUACCGUUACUAUGGGUUUCAAUAAAUAAAUUGUAAAUGUAUCAUAUAUAUUAAAUAGCAUGCCAUGUUUUAUUGCUUAUAAUAAACUGUUUUUAUAUCA